AUGGGGCUGGAGAACCUCACUGCGGUGACUCAUUUUAUCCUCUUAGGGAUCCCCAACACCAAUGGCUUUGAGACCAUCCUCUUCUUCACCUUCUUAGCCUUUUACCUCUGCACCCUGCUGGGCAACUUGUUCAUCUUCUCAGCCGUCCUCACCGACCGCCGCCUGCACACCCCUAUGUACUUCUUCCUCUGCAACGUUGCUGUGCUGGACAUUGGCAUGUCUUCCAUCAGCAUCCCCAAAUUGUUGGCCAACCUCUGGGCCAACAGCAGAACCAUCUCGCUGGGCGGGUGCAUGGCCCAAGUCUUCUUCUUCCACUUUCUGGCCAGCACCGAAGGUCUGCUCUUCACCAUAAUGGCCUUUGACCGGUAUGUGGCCAUCUGCCACCCACUGCGCUACCUGAUCAUCAUGAACCACAGGGUGUGUGGCCUCCUGGCUGCCAGCAGCUGGAUCGCCAGCUCCUUCCACGCCACCAUCGUCACCAGCCUGACCUUCACGCUGCCCUACUGCGGGUCCAACGUGGUGGACUAUUUCUUCUGCGACAUCUUCCCAGUGGCCAAGCUGGCCUGCGUGGAUACGUACAUCUUGGAGACUGUGAGCUUCAUCAACAUUGGGGUGGUGCCCAUGAGCUGCUUCGUCCUUAUCCUUGUGUCCUACAUCCGGAUCAUCUUCUGCAUCCUGAAGAUGAACGUGGGCGAAGGGCGUCGCAAAGCGACCUCCACUUGCGCCUCCCAUCUGGUGGUGGUGACCAUGUUCUUCGGGCCCUGCGCUUUGAUCUACUCUCACCCAGAGAUGAGCAAAAUGCUGGUGACACCCGUGAACAUUUUUGGCAAUCUGGUCACGCCCAUGGUGAACCCGGCCAUCUACACGCUGCGUAACAAGGAGGUGAAAGCGGCUCUGAGAAAACUGAGAGGGGGGGCAGAGGCCUGCAGGUUGAUGUGCAGCAGAUGCAGGAGGAGCAUGUGA